AUGGCUACUCCCGGAAACUCCAACCACCGCGCCUGGUGGAAAGAGAGCUCCGUGUAUCAAAUCUGGCCCGCUUCCUUCAAGGAUUCAAACGAUGACGGCGUCGGUGAUAUUCCGGGUAUUGUUUCCAAGCUCGACUACAUCAAGGAUCUAGCUAUAGAUAUUGUCUGGCUGUGUCCGUCGUACAAGUCGCCUCAGGUUGAUAUGGGCUACGAUAUCUCCGACUACUAUAGUAUCGCCGACGAGUAUGGUACAGUUGCUGACGUCGAGAAGCUUAUUUCGGGUUGCCAUGAGCGUGGUAUGAAGCUUUUGAUGGAUCUCGUUGUCAACCACACCAGUGACCAGCAUGAAUGGUUCAAGCAAUCCCGAAGCUCUAAAGAUAAUGAGUAUCGGAAUUGGUAUGUGUGGAAACCCGCAAAAUACGACGAGAAUGGCAAUCGCCAACCACCCAACAACUGGGUUUCUCAUUUCCAAGGAAAUGUUUGGGAAUGGGACGAGCACACACAAGAGUACUACCUCCACCUCUAUGCAGUCGAGCAACCUGACUUGAACUGGGAGCACCCACCAGUGCGCAAAGCAGUGCACGACAUCAUGCGUUUCUGGCUCGACAAGGGCUGCGAUGGUUUCCGCAUGGACGUGAUCAACUUUAUCAGCAAGGAGCAGAGCUUCCCCGACGCACCUAUCAAAGACACACGUACACCAUGGCAGUGGGGUGACAAGUGGUAUGCCAAUGGCCCACGUUUGCACGAGUACCUCCAAGAUCUAGGAAAGAUCCUGAAAGGGUAUGAUGCCUUCAGUGUGGGUGAAAUGCCUUUCGUCAAGGAUGAAAAAGAGGUGCUCCGUGCCGUGCAGUUCGAGCGCAAUGAGAUCAACAUGAUCUUCAACUUUGAACAUGUCGAUAUUGAUCAUGGAACAUACGACAAAUUCGAGCCCGGCAGCUGGAAACUCACCGACCUGAAGGACUUCUUUGAGCGUUGGCAGACUUUCAUGUAUGCCAAUGAUGGUUGGAAUGCGCUUUACUGGGAGAAUCAUGAUCAGCCGCGCUCUAUCGACCGCUACACCAAUGCUAGCGAGGAGUAUAGACUGGCCGCAUCUAAGAUGCUGGCCACUGCUUUGGCAUUGCAAGCCGGUACUCCAUUUGUUUACCAAGGACAGGAGAUCGGAACAAGAAAUGUACCGAAGUCGUGGGGUAUUGAGGAGUACAAGGAUAUUGACUGUUUGAACCAUUGGAACAGACUGCCAAAGGAUGACCCAAAGGCACAAGCUAUCGCCCUCCAAGAGUACCAGAAAAAGUCCCGCGACAACGGACGCACACCUGUUCAAUGGUCAGCUGCUGAAAAUGCAGGUUUUACUGGCCCUGGAGUCAAGCCCUGGAUGUCCGUGAACACAGACUACCUCACAGCCAACGCCGAGGCCGCAGUCAAGGAUCCCAACUCGACAUAUCACUAUUGGGCCACUGUUUUGAAGCUCCGCAAGAAGUACCUUGACAUCUUUGUGUACGGCGAUUUCACACUUCUGGACAAACCAAACCAGGAGGUCUUCGCGUACAUCCGCCAGUAUGGGGACCAGAAGGCCCUGGUGGUGUGCCACUGGACCGAGAAAACUACCCAGUGGGAUGCAGCGGCCAACGGCAUCAGUGAAGUGAAGGAAAUUUUGCUCAACACAUACGAAGGUGCCGAUGAAGCUUUCGCACGCUUCUCUGGUGAUAAGUGGACUCUCCGGCCGUACGAGGCAGUUGUGCUUCUGUUGUAA